AUGCUCCAGGGUGACGUUUUUCCUAUAGGUACAGAUCUAGGGUCAGCUUCCCCUCCCCCAAACCUAACCUUAACCUUUAGUGGGGGAAAUGCUCACGGUCUGGGACAACCUCACCAUACUCCUCUGGUAAUAGAGUCGAAUUUCUUCCUUCUUCGGUCCACACACGAACACACAAAAAGUCCCCCAAAAUGUUUUCAUUAAGUUAACUCUGUUCACUCUGAAGGAAGAGGAAAUUACUAUUCACUGAUGAAAGUCUUUAGCUCAGAUAAGCCCUUUGUUUUUGUAACACUGAGAACCUGUAUGAAGGGAACUGAGGUUGCAGUGGAAUUUUAGAUCAUCAACGCCGGUUCUGUAUCUGUUGGGAGAAGACUUUACCAAUUCCAAUGUUAAAAUAAAUUAUCUGGCAGGUGAAUCACCACAGGUCUUUAUUUGAAGGCUUCAGCACGUGCGCACGCACUCACACACAUGCACACACUCGCGCAAACACACACACACACAUUGUCGUGUCUCUAAAUUAACAGUUAGCACUUAGUCACUCCAUGCAAACUUACAAUACAUUUUGGGAUUUAAGCUACAGAAUACAAACAGAACAUGACAGUUAAAGCUAAUUUUAAGGUCUUAACCUCAACACAAGUUGAAUGUGUCUGAUAAUGCUAUAAUUUCAUAUAUAAAACAUUUCUCCUUUAGCUCUUGCUCUGAGUGGAAUGUUUUUGCUAAUCAAGGUUUCAAGUUUUAAUGUCAGAUGCACAAGUACAGUGAAAUGCCUUUCUUGCAAGCUCAGUGAAGUAUUGUUAUUCUACAUAACUCAACUUGCGUAGGACAUGAAUAUAUUUUGCUAUUACUUGCAUGUAUUUAUAUAAUCAGUAUUUUAUGGGUAAAAACCUGGAGCCUCAUAUAUUGAUAGUGGUAUAUCAAAAACAUAAAUCACUUUGUGCCCUUGGACCAAUGAAUGAGGAGUUUUCUUCUAUUAGCUCACAUCGCCACAUAACGGUUGAAUUUUAAAGAUAAAUCAGAGGUGUGUGUGUGCGGUGUGUGUGCUUGUGUGUGUCUGCCAUGUCUGCCCUCAGUUUUUCUGAUCAUGCUAAAAGUUUGUGUGUGUGUGUGUCUGUGUGUGUGUGUGUGUGUGUGUUUCAGACUGUGCAGGCUGUGGUAGGGACAUUAAGAACGGCCAGGCCCUAUUGGCUCUGGAAAGACAGUGGCACCUUGGCUGCUUCAAGUGCAAGGCCUGUGGCACAGUGCUGAGCGGGGAGUACAUCAGCAAGUGAGUAAUCAUCAACUGCAACACUCUCAAUCCUCCUCCUCUCUUUUCUCUCUUUAUCUCUAUACCCGCCCUCUCUCUUUCUUUCUCUUAGCCCGUGUCCGAAAACCUGUGCUUGCACUCUAAAUAGGUGGCUGAUUGGGUAUUUGAAAAUAUAAAGUUAUACUAAGCUUUAUGGAAUUGUUUUAAGAAGGUCACACCAAGGAUCAUUUUGCUAUUUGAUUUGGAAUUUUAAGACACCUUGAAGUAUAAAAAAAAGAUAUAAAGAUAUUAUUUAAUGAAACAUUUUAUUACACCUUACUGCUAUUAGCCAAUACAAACGCAUUGAAUAACAGAUUCACUACAUGGAACAACAGAUAGUCCCCCCCAAAAAAAAUCUAAAGGAAGUUUGUUCUGAUGUAUCUGUCCUAUAUCUGAGAGAUAUAAGAAAGCUCAGGAAACAUUUGUUAUAUAUAUAUAUUUUUUUUUUUUACAUAUAUUUAACCUCUUAUUUAUUUUUUGGCACUAAACAGUCUCCAUACAGUAUAUACAGUACUUCCAUUCAUUUUUUCAUCUGGUACCGGGGGAUCUUCAAACAAGUCUUGUGACGCGUGUGGGCAUCCUAGAGCAAAACAACCAACAUGUAUGUGUUGGUGAGAGUCUCACCUUAGUCUGUAGCCCAAACUGUUCAGCUGCUACAGACAGAAGUUGGCAGAUCGGCUUGUCAUGGAAAUUACCACCAGGGACACCUGAAGUCAAUCUUAAAUGAAUCAUUGUUUAUUAACAGCAAGCUGAAGAGGUCACAGUCAAAUUUAGAUGCAUAAAGUACCGGUCUGAAGUGAGCUCCAACGGGGCAGUCCCGUUAGUUCUCUUAUAUACUGCUUACACAGACAAGUUAUAUUUGCUUGAUUUAGCUUAUUCGUUAUUCAUAAUUAAUUAACGUUUGGUUCAUGCAUGUGACUGACCAAUAGCUCACGAGGCUUCUACAUAGAACACAGAAAUUGGUUAUUAAAAAAGCACAAACAUUUUCCAUCACAUUCCCUCCUCUUAUCACUCACUCUGUGAUAAAUAUCAUAACGUUUUAUUCAUUUGGUUAUUACUUAAACAAUCAAAGGAGUAAGUAAACAAAAUCAACACAUAAAACCACAGACUCUUUCAAACCCUUAAUUCUGGGUUGUAAACUAAAUCAACACAUAAAACCAGACACUUCAUCCUUUCAAAACCUUCUCUGGGUUGCUUCAUACAGUUACACAUGCUUCAUUACACAAUUUCAUUCAUGGAUUCUGGCAAUGAUAUUUCAGCUGGAGCUUUUGUCGCGACUGGCAUGUUAAUGACAGAUCGGUAUCUCAAUGCAUUUUUUUGUCUAAAUUACUAUAAAGUUUGCAGUGUGCAGACCUCCACAAUCAACCUGAUACCCAAAAUAAACCAUUUUGGAUAAGCCUAAAUCAAUUACGGGCACGGUUGACCACCCCCCUCCCUUCCGGCACUCAUUCUUCUGGCGUUUCUUCAUUUUCUUCUUCAGAUAGUGUUUCCGUUCAUCCUCCCAACGGCACAUGUUCAAAGUGGAAGGCUCUUGAUAAUGUCUGGGGAAUAAUCUGAUUUUCCCAAGCAGACGAAUUUCUCACCAGAGCCGCCACUGUCCUUUACGGUCCAUUAUGUCUUGUCCAUUUUCCUACCAGUACACCAGCAGCAUGAGAGAAGUUUGAAUGGGAUCGCUUUCCAUGCUCACUCCACGUGCACUCAUGUUGCUCCUGAGAGAAAAGGCAUGAGAGAAAAGGCAGUGGAUAGCUUCGACUGGAUGCUGUGUACAGGUUGCUGGCUUGGACUCAGGUCUUACGGUAGAAGUGGUGAAGGACCAUAGUGAACACCAUUGUCACCAUUACUUCAGCUGCUUAGAGGGGGUGAGGCUCACACUGUUCUUGGUCGAAUUAUCCCUUCCGUACAUCUAGAUAACAUCUGUGGUCAACUUCGCCAUAACAGUUUAGUUAAGGGCAUUUCUGAUUCAGGAAAUCCAGACAAACUAUUCACUGUAUGACAAAUUAUUACUACUACCAAUAUUGUUAAUACAGAUUUCUAAGACAAAUGUCAAAGAGAAUAAAAAUACACAAUUAAACAAUUUUUUCAAUUAUUAUUCAUUUAUACUCUAUCAUUUCGGCGACCUCAACGCAGAGUUACAGGGUCAGGGAGUUAGAGGGCUAAUCCUUAGAGAGAAAUCCCGACUAUCAAGCAGACCCAAUCUGGUGAGAUUUCUAUUGAAGCAAGACAAAAACAAAAUAGAAGCAAGACAAGAACAAAACAACAACAACAAUACACUUCUUCCCUUUUGACAGGACUCACAUUGUGAUUCAUGCGUAAAAAUAAAAAAAACACUGCCGGUUAAAUCAAAAUAAAAAAUAAAAUUAGAAUUACAACCCUUGAUAUCUCCAUAAGGAAAUACUUGUAUCACAUAAGGUAAUAGUAUAAUAGACUAGAGACAGGUUUCCCUCAUUCAGGGGCAGCGCUCUCUCUCUCUCUCCUUCUCUCUCUCGUGGUCCGAAUCACACAUAGGACUGUUGAUAAAUUAUAAAAUUCUACCUAAUUAUCAGUGUUUACAUAUUAUAUUUAAAUCUCAUCCAAUGUUUCUAGCCUUUCUAAUGAUGGUGAAGAGGCCUCACCAGAAAGUCAGAACAGAGGUCAGAGGUCAUUCCACCCCAUUAAGUGAGUGUUUCUUUCCGUUUUCUUUCCCUGUACCUCAUACUCAUUAUUUAAAGACAUUUCAAACAUUCUAAACAUUUUGUGUACCAGGUUUACGUUGGGUUUUUCAGUAUAUUUCUUAUCAAGAGAAUUUACAUGUGUGCCACCUAAACUCAAUGUUAUCCUCGUACACAAAAUGUUUGGAAUGUUUGAAAUGUCUUUAAAUAAUGAGUAUGUGGUACAGGGAAAGAAAAGGGAAAGAAACACUCGCUUAAUGGGGUUGAUUGACCUCUGACCUCUGUUCUGACUUUCUGGUGAGAUAGAUACUUCAAUACAUUUCAUUUGUGUACCCUUUAAGGUGCAUCCUUUCUAACCUGUGAGAAACCCACUAAAAUAAAAAAUAAAAGACCCCACACAAUAAAUCAAACAGUAUUAACACCACUAGUGAAUAUUCAUAACAGGUGGGUUGUGUGUGGGUGCUGGCGUGUGUGGUAAAUCGUAGGGUAAAAACAAACAAAAUGUCCAGGCCUUACUUAAUUUGGAGCUCCUUUAACAGCCGGAUUCGGUUACCUUUAUACUAACUGUUCUCCCAAGGCACCUGCCUCAGAAAGCAUUUCAAAGGGAGAGAUACAGAAUCAUUGGUAAACUCAUCAGAAAACUUGGUAGUGGACAUUCCAUAAGUCCUGCAAGAAAGAAAAUAAACAUGUACUUAGUUUACUACGCUACAUCUUAAUUAGUCCUAAAGAUUCUUAAUCUUAAUUGAGUUUACUGCAUCUUGGGCAGGAAGUCUUGAUAAAACCAUGCGCAUACAGAAUUAUACUUCAGACACAUCAGAUGAUACAGUGUCCCAUUAAGCUGAAUAGGCACCUUCUAAAGUAAAAAAUCCCAGAGCCCCUUUCUUGUAAUCUUAUCAUUUUGACCUGUUGCAUUGACAUAUUAUCUGUACCGACUGUGACAUCAACUAGUCAAAAUAUGAAACCUGUUGUUUAACAAAUCUGCUAGGACCUUCAAAAAGUUGGUGCUGGCUUAUGAGCUCAAUACGGUACUAAAAACAUUUACUUGGAUCUACUUCAAUUCUGGACACAGUUUCAUGUAAUGGAAACAUAUUAUUGUUUUAGAUGACAUUACCUUCUUACUUACUUAAAUCACUGGUAUAUUCAAACUAUCUAAUUGAGAAAUAAUAAUUGGAAAUGGUCAAAAACGUAUCUUAUUCAUCUGUCCCAAAUAUCCCACUACGUCCCUUACAGCCUGUUUGAGUUCAGUGAGUACUACCUAUUUUCGACAGGAAGCUUAUCUCUAACCCAAACACCAGAUGGCAGCCUCUAAUAUAAUGUCCCAAGGCUCAAUCCCUCUGUUUGUCAUGUGACCUUGUAUUGAAAAAUUUACUUCUUCAAAUUACUAAGACAUUGCAUUAUUAGAGUGAUAUCUGAAAGCCACUAAUAGUACCAUUCACUAUGUUACUUUCACUAGUCUCCAUAUCUGUUUCCUUCAACUAGGACUCUGAAGACCCUCCCAAUCACUACUGCUAAUACACACGGAUCACUCUCAAACAAUGUUCUGCUUUUACCCCUAUUGCAAGGUUUAAAAACAAAACAAACAUAACUUUCUCCAAAUUGGAAGGCAUUGUUUUCAUUUUAUUCUACCCUAACAAUAUUACUCUUAAUAUGUAUUACACAUUUCUGUUGGAUAUUCACUUUCUGCUUCACACUUAUUAAAUGUCUAUUUUUUGAAGAUUACCAUGUAAUGCGCAAAAUCUAUAGAACACAUUGGCCAAUUCAGAAGGGAAGAGAUAAACUUUCUGGGAUCAAAACAUGUAUUAAAACUGGGCUGGCACUGUCUAGCAGUCCCCUGUAGAUGGCGUGCUCUGUCCAUAAUAAGUCUCUUCCUAGCAAGUUAAACUCUAGUAACCCAUUAUACAUUAAUGCAUUGUUACUUUAUCAAAUAUAGUAACCAAUUAUACUAUUCAUUUCUCUUAAUACUUUUUAAACCACUUACAUACGUCUACGUGUGAGUAUACAAGUUGUAUAUUAUUAUUAUUUUUACCAUUGUUACUUCAUCAAAUCUCUAGUAACCCAUUAUACUUUUCUCUUAAUACUUAAUACUCGUUUUUGUCCGAGUUCCCAGUUGUCUUGACCUCACUGAAGUCUGGGAUUUCCCAGUUCCGAGUUUCCAGUUGUUUUGAAAGCGGCAGAAGUCAUGCUGGAUUGACAGCAUGGCCAAUGUUGAAUGUUUAUCCUUUUAAACUUGGAAAAGAGACCCUUAAACCCAGACUUGGACCACACACCCACUCCACUGAAUAGAAGGCUAGUGAUUGCUUUGCAAGGCUUGCAGUUAGCCACUGUCGAAUUUGCGAUUUCCAACUGCUUGUGUAAUGUUUAUGUCCAAUGGCCGAUGAGCACCGAUACAUUUUAUCUAUAAUUCCUCUUCAUAAUUUCUCUCUUCAUAUGAUAAGGAUUGAAAAGUAUUUGCCAGUAGAUUGUCGAUAUGAUUCAUAAUGAUGACUGCUAGCUUGCUUACUAAGAUAUAGAAAGUAUAAUGUUGACAUGAUCAGUCCAAUCAAAGCUAAAGUAGAUAUAACGUGAUUUGAUGUCAUUUUAUCUGUGACCAAUGACCUUGAGCCUUCUUGGAUGGGCACUUCUAAUGUAACUCUAUGGCAGCACCCAAGGGGCUUGAAUUUUUUAGCUCUACCCGUAGAUUUUGCGGCGACGUAGUGUCCCCAUGAGUGACUGAACACUGAGCCAAUCACGGUGCAAGUAGAGAACAUCAGCAACCCCUACGCUCCGUAUUUUCCGCAGGUUGCCCCACCACAGAAAGAACUGAGCUAGGCUGAAACACCUACAUUAUGGAGCUGCUUUACUCAAGAAAGCAAAAAAGAGACCAUGUUUGUAGCGGCUUUAUUAUCUCAAAUAUACACUGCUCAAAAAAAUAAAGGGAACACUAAAAUAACACAUCCUAGAUCUGAAUGAAUGAAAUAAUCUUAUUAAAUACUUUUUUCUUUACAUAGUUGAAUGUGCUGACAACAAAAUCACACAAAAAUUAUCAAUGGAAAUCAAAUUUAUCAACCCAUGGAGGUCUGGAUUUGGAGUCACCCUCAAAAUUAAAGUGGAAAACCACACUACAGGCUGAUCCAACUUUGAUGUAAUGUCCUUAAAACAAGUCAAAAUGAGGCUCAGGAGUGUGUGUGGCCUCCACGUGCCUGUAUGACCUCCCUACAAUGCCUGGGCAUGCUCCUGAUGAGGUGGCGGAUGGUCUCCUGAGGGAUCUCCUCCCAGACCUGGACUAAAGCAUCCGCCAACUCCUGGACAGUCUGUGGUGCAACGUGGCGUUGGUGGAUGGAGCGAGACAUGAUGUCCCAGAUGUGCUCAAUUGGAUUCAGGUCUGGGGAACGGGAGGUCCAUAGCAUCAAUGCCUUCCUCUUGCAGGAACUGCUGACACACUCCAGCCACAUGAGGUCUAGCAUUGUCUUGCAUUAGGAGGAACCCAGGGCCAACCGCACCAGCGUAUGGUCUCACAAGGGGUCUGAGGAUCUCAUCUCUGUACCUAAUGGCAGUCAGGCUACCUCUGGCGAGCACAUGGAGGGCUGUGCGGCCCCCCAAUGAAAUGCCACCCCACACCAUGACUGACCCACCGCCAAACCGGUCAUGCUGGAGGAUGUUGCAGGCAGUAGAACGUUCUCCACGGCGUCUCCAGACUCUGUCACGUCUGUCACAUGUGCUCAGUGUGAACCUGCUUUCAUCUGUGAAGAGCACAGGGCGCCAGUGGUGAAUUUGCCAAUCUUGGUGUUCUCUGGCAAAUGCCAAACGUCCUGCACGGUGUUGGGCUGUAAGCACAACCCCCACCUGUGGACGUCGGGCCCUCAUACCACCCUCAUGGAGUCUGUUUCUGACCGUUUGAGCAGACACAUGCACAUUUGUGGCCUGCUGGAGGGCUCUGGCAGUGCUCCUCCUUGCACAAAGACGGAGGUAGCGGUCCUGCUGCUAGGUUGUUGCCCUCCUACGGCCUCCUCCACGUCUCCUGAUGUACUGGCCUGUCUCCUGGUAGCGCCUCCAUGCUCUGGACACUACGCUGACAGACACAGCAAACCUUCUUGCCACAGCUCGCAUUGAUGUGCCAUCCUGGAUGAGCUGCACUACCUGAGCCACUUGUGUGGGUUGUAGACUCUGUCUCAUGCUACCACUAGAGAGAAAGCACCGCCAGCAUUCAAAAGUGACCAAAAACAUCAGCCAGGAAGCAUAGGAACUGAGAAGUGGUCUGUGGUCACCACCUGCAAAACCAGUCCUUUAUUGGGGGUGUCUUGCUAAUUGCCUAUAAUUUCCACCUGUUGUCUAUUCCAUUUGCACAACAGCAUGUGACAUUUAUUGUCAAUCAGUGUUGCUUCCUAAGUGGACAGUUUGAUUUCACAGAAGUGUGAUUGACUUGGAGUUCCAUUGUGUUGUUUAAGUGUUCCCUUUAUUUUUUUGAGCAGUGUAUAUAUUUUUACAUUCUUUGCAAACUGAUAUGUGACACGUAUUAAUGCCAAAAUAACAUGCAAAACAGGCCCCACCUGCCCUGAAUGACGGGACGCCUCUGGUUGGUUAACCCCUGUGCUGUGAUUUGUGUUGAUAUUGGUGUGUCUUAUCCAUUUUCUCCAAUGUCUAUCUGGCAAACAGGCUACACUUUAGGCCAGUGAUAUUAAAACUUUUACAGCGUGGACCCCAUUUUUUCCACCAGAAUUUCUGGGGACCAAUGUUUUUCUGGGGACCAAUGUUCUGGGGACUAAGUUGUUUCAUCACUGAGCAAAUUUCAGGUCUGCUGAGCAGCAAAUGCAACUUCCGGCACAUUUACUGUGAACGCUGAGGCUGUACCCGCUUUAAGUUCGUUUUAACAGUGGUCUUGUAGGCUACAGUGGCUAUUUGAUCAUAAUGUAGACCUACCAGAGUGGCAUACCAUCAAAAACUAGAAGCACAAGCAUUUCGCUACCCUCGCAAUAACAUCUGCUAACCAUGUGUAUGUGACCAAUACAUUUGAUUUGAUUUGAUUUGAAAACAAUGGAGAAAAUGCAUUCCUUAACAUUUUAACAUGGAAAUAGCUGUUCUAUCAUUCAGCCAAUCUGUGGUGUUCAAUGUAGGCUUACAUUCCAUGAGACUUUUCAAAAAAACAUGCAGGGCUUGGCAUUAAGCUGUUUAUCCACUUGUCCUUCAGACAAGGAGGUGACUGAAAAUGUUGUUGUGUUGUUUAAUGCAAGAAACCACUUUGCAAAAUAAAAUACAUAAUUAUUCUCAUACUAUUAUUACAGAGAAUCAGACAAAUUAUGCUACCCUCUGCCUAUAGGUUACUUCGCUUAUUCAAGCCUGUCUCAAAAUACAACACUGCCCCUUCAAGAUAUAAAAAAAAAGCUCUUUACCUGACCCGCUUUUCAAUGAUGUCUAGAAAUUCACAAGUUUUGUGCUCUUGUAGGAAGCAAUCACUCACCCAUUGCUGACUACAAAUGAUCUAUAAGUGGGCUAAUAACUCACUACAAAUGUACACACAUCGCUACAUUUAGCUCUCAAAACAAGCGCAUUUACUCACGACCACUCAUGCUGUAAAAAACUGGGAAUGGCACAGAUCCAUAUAUGGCAAUGGUCUAUUUGCAUAUAGGCCUACUGCAGCUCUGAUUGGUUACCUGUCUGUGUAGAGUAGGGGCCUGAGUCGUGCCUGUUAACUGCAAUAGAAUCCUACUCCGAUGCAUUCUGCCUACAACAAAAUCUCCCGAUUUUCGGGAUAUCUCAUGGUCUGACAAACACCGCUCUACCUUUGUCACCUUUCACCAGAGAUGCAGAAGUGCAACAUAGGCAGAUAUCCAAUGCAGAUAUCUCUAGCUUAAACGGACAGAUUUUUAUGGAGAUGUUUUUAUUAUGCUAAUUCGAUUUCCACGGGGGCGACAUUCGACCUUAGGGGUUUAAUGGCAUUAGUUAUUCGCGAUUAAUCGCAAUUUUAGAAUUUGCUCAAAUUUGGCCCUAAAGAAAGAUGUUUCCAUUAAUCCUGAAGAGUCUAUUGACGCACUCUAAUCUAAGUAACAUCAUUUAAAAAAUACCCAUCAAACGUCAGUUUAAACUAGAGAUAUCUGUUUUGCAUGGGCUGCGUCUCAAUCCACCUCAUCCGCUUAUGUCGGCCUUCCUUAUCUGCGGUGGAAGGUGGACGAGCUACAGCAGUGUUUGUCAGACCAUGAAAUAAUCAAAUAAUGCUUGUAUAUAUUUAUUUUAUAACUAAAGGGGUCCUACAAAUAAAAAUGAAAUAGCUAAAUGAUCCAUGGUAUGACCAUCUUAAAACAAUUCCAUAUGUUAGCUUAGUAGACCCCCCCACCACCAACGGUUUACACUUUAAAGCAGGGCAUUGAGUUACAGGCAUACCAUGCUUUGAUAGUUAGGGAUGGAAAGAAUAUUAUCUACAUCCAAAUGUUUUCAUAGCCUUUUCACGAUAAACAACACAAAAGACACUGUAACACACAGCUAUUAAUUCUCCCAAUGUUUAAGUAGGCCUACUCUUAUCAAUGUUGUUAAAGUUUAACACUUGCACACAGCACACAGACUCAAAGCUUCAAGCAUUCUAAAUGAGUGUGACUACAGGAAAAAAGAACUGGCUCUAUGGAUACAAAGAGCUUUUAAACUUGGGUCACACUUUUUUUGGAUACUUCGGAUUUUCUACAGAUGGAUGAGCAACUGUUGCUAAGGUUACGGAUAGGGCUAGGUUUAGAAUACGGGUUAGGGCUAGGGUUAGGGUAAGAAGUUUAGGGUUAGGAUAAGGGUUAGGGUUAAAGCUAGGGUUAGUAGAUAGUUAGUUGAAAUGUUACUGAUAGUCUGUAGAUAGUCUGUAGAGCCUCUACAUAUGGAAUAUCCAAAUGAAGUGUAACCUAAACCUGUCCAACAAUGGUAUGAAAACACAGUAACCAUCUGUACUGUUCAGAUAACUUUACACACACAGGCAUACACACUCUCCCUCUGUCCCACACCUCUCUCUCACUUCCGCUCUGACACACAUCCUCUCUCACACACAUACACCACUCUUGCAUAUGCAGCUUACCUUUGAAGCAUCUCUUUGAGUAGCCUAUUUCUUUUGAGUUCUUCCUGUGCCAUCUACAUUUGUGCAUAGCCUAGUCAGUGGUAAAGUGAUCAGGUUGCUAACUAGCUAGCUAGGUGACAUGACUAGCUAGUUAAACAAUGUUGUUUGUUAUCAAACCAAGAAAGAGCGGUUUGCGAGUAGUUUAAAACAUCAGGCGGCAUGCGCACAAAUCCGCGGCAGAAAAAAAAAACAUAGCUCCGGUAAUAUUGGGCUUAACCUUUACAUAAUUUUGGCUAGAGGCACACGGUCUUCAGCUACAGUGCAUUCGGAAAGUAUUCAGACCCCUUGACUUUUCCCACAUUUUGUUACGUUACAGCCUUAUUCUAAAAUUGAUUAAAUUGUUUUUUUUACCUCAUCAAUCUACACACAAUACCCCAUAAUGGCAAAGCAAAAACAGAGUUAUAGAAAUUCUUGCAAAUUUCUUAAAAAUAAAAAACUGAAAUAAUACAUUUACAUAAGUAUUCAGACCCUUUACUCUGUACUUUGUUUAAGCACCUUUGGCAGCGAUUACAACCUCAAGUCUUCUUGGGUAUGAUGCUACAAGCUUGGCACACCUGUAUUUGGGGAGUUUCUCCCAUUGUUCUCUGCAGAUCCUCUCAAGCUCUGUCAGGUUGGAUGGGGAGUGUCGCUGCACAGCUCUUUUUAGGUGUCUCCAAAGAUGUCAAAUCAAAUCAAAUCAAAUUGUAUUGGUCACAUACACAUAUUUAGCAGAUGUUAUUGCGGGUGUAGCGAAAUGCUUGUGUUUCUAGCUCCAACAGUGCAGUAGUAUCUAACAAUUCACAACAAUACACACAAAUCCCAAAGUAAAAUAAGGGAAUUAAGAAAUAUAUAAAUAUUAGGAGUGGCAUAGACUAAAAUACAGUAGAAUAGAAUACAGUAUAUACAGUUGAAGUCAGAAGUUUACAUACACCUUAGCCAAAUACAUUUAAACUCAGUUUUUCACAAUUCCUGACAUUCAAUCCUAGUAAAAAUGCCCUGUUUAAGGUCAGUUAGGAUCACCACUUUAUUUUAAGAAUGUGAAAUGUCAGAAUAAUAGUAGAGAGAAUUAUUUAUUUCAGCUUUUAUUUCUUUCAUCACAUUCCCAGUGGGUCAGAAGUUUACACUCAAUGAGUAUUUGGUAACAUUGCCUUUAAAUUGUUUAACUUGGGUCAAACGUUUCGUGUAGCCUUCCACAAGCUUCCCACAAUAAGUUGGUUGAAUUUUGGCCCAUUCCUCCUGACAGAGCUGGUGUAACUGAUUCAGGUUUGUAGGCAUCCUUGCUUGCACACACUUUUUCAGUUCUGCCCACAAAUGUUCUAUAGGAUUGAGGUCAGGGCUUUGUGAUAGCCACUCCAAUACCUUGAAUUUGUUGUCCUUAAGCCAUUUUGCCACAACUUUGGAAGUAUGCUUGGGAUCACUGUCCAUUUGAAAAACCCAUUUGCGACCAAGCAUUAACUUCCUGACUGAUGUCUUGAGAUAUUGAUUCAAUAUGUCCACAUAAUUUUCCUUCCUCAUGAUGCCAUCUAUUUUGUGAAGUGCACCAGUCCCUCCUGCAGCAAAGCACCCCCACAGCAUGAUGCUGCCACCCCCGUGCUUCACGGUUGGGAUGGUGUUCUUCGGCUUGAAAGCAUCCCCCUUUUUCCUCCAAACAUAACGAUGGUCAUUAUGGCCAAACAGUUCUAUUUUUGUUUCAUCAGACCAGUGGACAUUUCUCCAAAAAGUACGAUCUUUGUCCCCAUGUCCAGUUGCAAACCGUAGUCUGGCUUUUUAAUGGCGGUUUUGGAGCAGUGGCUUCUUCCUUGCUGAGCGGCCUUUCAGGUUAUGUCGAUAUAGGACUCGUUUUACUGUGGAUAUAGAUACUUCUGUACUUGUUUCCUCCAGCAUCUUCACAAGGUCCUUUGCUGUUGUUCUGGGAUUGAUUUGCACUUUUCAUACCAAAGUACGUUAAUCUCUAGGAAACAGAACGUGUCUCCUUCCUGAGCGGUAUGACGGCUGCAUGGUCCCAUGGUGUUUAUACUUGCGUACUAUUGUUUGUACAGAUGAACGUGGUACCUUCAGGCGUUUGGAAAUUGCUCCCAAGGAUGAACCAGACUUGUGGAGGCCUACACAUUUUUUUCCGAGGUCUUGGCUGAUUUCUUUUGAUUUUCCCAUGAUGUAAAGCAAAGAGGCACUGAGUUUGAAGGUAGGUCUUGAAAUACAUCCACAGGUACACCUCCAAUUGACUCAAAUUAUGUCAAUUAGCCUAUCAGAAGCUUCUAAAGCCAUGACAUCAUUUUCUGGAAUUUUCCAAGCUGUUUAAAGGCACAGUCAACUUAGUGUAUGUAAACUUCUGACCCACUGGAAUUGUGAUACAGUGAUUUUUAAGUGAAAUAAUCUGUCUGUAAACAAUUGUUGGAAAUAUUACUUGUGUCAUGCACAAAGUAAAUGUCCUAACCGACUUGCAAAAACUAUAGUUUGUUAACAAGAAAUUAGUGGAGUGGUUGAAAAACAAGUUUUAACGACUCCAACCUAAGUUUAUGUAAACUUCCGACUUCAACUGUACAUAUGAGAUGAGGAAAGCAAACAUAUGUAAACAUUAUUAAAGUGACUACUAUUUCAUUAUUAAAGUGGCCAGUGAUUCCAUGUAUAUAGGGCAGCCUCCUCUAAAGGUGCAGGGUUGCGUAACUGGGUGGAAGCCGGCUAGUGAUGGCUAUUUAACAGUCUGAUGGCCUUAAGAUAGAAGCAGUUUUUCAGUCUCUCGGUCCCAGCUUUGUACUGACCUCGCCUUCUGGAUGAUAGCGGGGUGAACAGGCCUUGGCUCGUGGUUGUUGUCCUUGAUGAUCUUUUUGGCUUUCCUGUGAUAUCGGGUGCUGUAGGUGUCCUGGAGGGCAGGUUGUUUGCCCCCGGUGAUGCGUUGGGCAGACCACACCACCCUCUGGAGAGCCCUGCAGUUGCGGGCGGUGCAGUUGCCGUACCAGGCAGUGAUACAGCCCGACAGGAUGCUCUCAAUUGUUCAUCUGUAAAAGUUUGUGAGAGUUUUAGGUGCCAAGCCAAAUUUCUUCAGCCUCCUGAGGUUGAAGAGGCGCUGUUGCGCCUUCUUCACCACACUGUCUGUGUGGGUGGACCAUUUCAGAUUGUGUAUGCUGAGGAACUUGAAGCUUUCCACCUACUCUACUGCGGUCCCGUCGAUGUGGAUAGUGGCGUGCUCCCUCUGCUGUUUCCUGAAGUCCACAAUCAGCUCCUUUGUUUUGUUGACGUUGAGUGAGAGGUUAUUUUCCUGAAACCACUCUCCCAGGGCCCUCACCUCCUCCCUGUAGGUUGUCUCGUCAUUGUUGGUAAUCAGGCCUACUAAUGUUGUGUUGUCUGCAAACUUGAUGAUUGAGUUGGAGGCGUGCAUUGCCACACAGUCAUGAGUGAACAGAGAGUACAUGAGGGGGCUGAGCACGCACCCUUGUGGGGCCCCUGUGUUGAGGAUCAGCGAAGUAGAGGUGAUGUUUCCUACCUUUACCACCUGGGGGCGGCCCGUCAGGAAGUCCAGGACCCAGUUGCACAGGGCAGGGUUCAGACCCAGGGCCCCAAGCUUAAUGAUGAGCUUGGAGGGUACUAUGGUGUUGAAUGCUGAGCUAUAGUCAAUGAACAGCAUUCUUCCAUAGGUACUCCUCUUGUCCAGGUGGGAUAGGUCAGUGUGCAGAGCGAUGGCGAUGGUGAUUGCAUCGUCUGUGGAUCUAUUGGGGCGGUAAGCAAAUUGAAGUGGGUCUAGGGUGUCUCAAAGCAAUUCAUGAUGACAGAAGUGAGUACUACAGGGCGAUAGUCAUUUAGUUCAGUUACCUUUGCUUUCUUGAGUACAGGAACAAUGGUGGACAUCUUGAAGCAAGUGAGGACAGCAGACUGGGAUAGGGAGACAUUGAAUAUGUCCAUAAACACUCCAGCCAGCUGGUCUGCGCAUGCUCUGAGGAUGCGGCUAGGGAUGUCGUCUGGGCCGGCAGCCUUGUGAGUGCUAACAUGCUUAAAUGUCUUAUUCACGUCGGCCACGGAGAAGGAGAGCCCACAGUCCUUGGUAGCGAGUCGCGUUGGUGGCACUGUGUUAUCCUCAAAGCGGGCGAAGAAGGUGUUUAGCUUGUCCGGAAGCAAGACGUUGGUGUCCGCGACGUGGCUGGUUUUCCCUUUGUAGUCCAUGAUUGUCUGUAGACCCUGACACAUAUGUCUAGUGUCUGAGCCAUUGAAUUGCGACUCCACUUUGUCUCUGUACUGACGUUUUGUCUUUAUGAUUGCCUUACGGAGGAAAUAACUACACUGUUUGUAUUCGGCCAUAGUACCAGUCACCUUGCCAUGGUUAAAUGCGAAGGUUCAUGCUUUCAUUUUUGCGCGCAUGCUGCCAUCUAUCCACGGUUUCUGUUUUGGGCAGGUUUUAAUAGUCACAGUGGGUACAACAUCUCCUAUACACUUCCUGAUGAACUCAGUCACCGUAUCCGUGUAUUCGUUGAUGUUUCUCAGAGGCUACCCGGAACAUAUCCCAGUCCGCGUGAUCAAAACAAUCUUGAAGCAUGGAUUCCGAUUGGUCAGACCAGCAUUGAAUAGACCUUAGCACGGGUACUUCCUGUUUGAGUUUCUGCCUAUAGGAAGGAAGGAGAAAAAUUGAGUCGUGAUCAGAUUUGCAGAAGGGAGGGUGAGGGAGGGCCUUGUAGGCAUUUCGAAAAGUUGAGUAGCAGUGGUCCAAUGUUUUCCCAGAGCGAGUACUACAGUCAAUGUGUUGGUAGAACUUCGGUAGCGUUGCUUUGUUAAACUCCCCAGCUACAAUAAAUGCGGCCUCAGGAUGUGUGGUUUCCAGUUUGCAUAAAGUCCGGUGUAGUUCUUUGAGGGCCGUCGUGGUAUCGGCUUGUGAGGGAAUAUACACUGCUGUGACUAUAACCGAAGAGAAUUCUCUUGGGAGGUAAUACGGUCUGCAUUUGCUUGUAAGGUAUUCUGGGUCGGGUUCAAGUCUGAUCGGGUUCAAGUCUGGGCUCUGACUGGGCCACUCAAGGACAUUCAGAGACUUGUCCCGAAGCCACUCCUGCGUUGUCUUGGCUGUGUGUUUAGGGUCAUUGUCCUGUUGGAAGGUGAACCUUCGCCCCAGUCUGAGGUCCUGAGCGCUCUGGAGCAGGUUUUCAUCAAGGAUCUCUGUGUACUUUGCUCCGUUCAUCUUUUCUCUCGAUCCUGACUAGUCUUCCAGUCCCUGCCUCUGAAAAACAUCCCUACAGCAUGAUGCUGCCACCACCAUGCUUCACCGUAGGGAUAGUGCCAGGUUUCCUCCAGACAUGACGCUUGGCAUUCAGGCCAAAGAGUUCAAUCUUGGUUUCAUCAGACCAGAUAAUCUUGUUUCUCGUGAGAGUCCUUUAGGUGCAAUUUGGCAAACUCCAUGCGGGCUGUCAUAUGCCUUUUAUUGAGGAGUGGCUUCCAUCUGGCUACUCUACCAUAAAGGCCUGAUUGGUGGAGUGCUGCAGAGAUGGUUGUCUUUCUCCCAUCUCCAUAGAGCAACUCUGGAGCUCCGUCAGAGUGACCAUCGGGUUCUUGGUAACUCCCUGACCAACGUCCUACUCCCCCGAUUGCUCAGUUUGGCCGGGCAGCCAGUGGUUCCAAACUUCUUCAAUUUAAGAAUCAUGGAGGCCACUGUGUUAUUGGGGAUCUUCAAUGCAGCAGACAUGUUUUGGUACCCUUCCCCAGAUCUGAGCCUCGACACAAUCCUGUCUCAAAGCUCUAGGGACAAUUCCUUCGACCUCAUGGCUUGGUUUUUGCUCUGACAUGCACUGUCAACUCUGGGACCUUAUAUAGAAGGGGGUAUGCCUUUCCAAAUCAUGUCCAAUCAAUUGAAUUUACCACAGGUGGACUCCAAUCAAGUUGUAGAAACAUCUCAAGGAUGAUCAAUGGAAACAGGAUGCACCUGAGCUCAAUUUCAAGUCUCAUAGCAAAGUGUAUGAAUACUUAUGUAAAUAAGGUAUUUCUGUGUUUUAGUUUUUAUAAAUAACCUGUUUCGUAUUGUAUCGUGAGGUCCCUGGCAAUUCCCAGCCCUACUAAACAGUAUGUUCUAAAUAGUAUGUAGUACGAUUAGUACACUUUAUGUCAUUUUAAAGUAGUAGGCAAGACACAUUUCGGACACAGCCAAUAACUAAGUGUUUAUUGACUAGACAUUUUCAGAUCUUGCCCUCUCUGUCUGCCUGACUCUCUCAUUCCCCAACCCCCCUCUUUUCUCUCAGGGACGGCACCCCCUAUUGCGAGAAAGACUACCAGAUCCACUUUGGGGUCCAGUGUGAAGCCUGUAAUCAGUUCAUCACAGGGAAGGUUCUGGAGGUAAGAACCAUUUCCUCAUCCCCUUGCUCCUCCCGUCCCAUGACUUGAAAUUCUCAGUCAUUGGUCAUUCAGUCGUUGCUGUUCAUUGCUUUGAAUGAACCGUGUGCGUAGUCAAGUUCUAUAUUGCUGGAUUUCUCCAUCCAUUCCUCCGGGGACCUACAGUGAGGGAAAAAAGUAUUUAAUCCCCUGCUGAUUUUGAACGUUUGCCCACUGACAAAGACAUGAUCAGUUUAUAAUAUUUAUGGUAGGUUUAUUUAAACAGUGAGAGACAGAAUAACAACAAAAAAAUCCAGAAAAACACAUGUCAAAAAUGUUAUAAAUUUAUUUGCAUUUUAAUGAGGGAAAUAAGUAUUUGACCCCUCUGCAAAACAUGACUUUGUACUUGGUGGCAAAACCCUUGUUGGCAAUCACAGAGGUCAGACCUUUCUUAUAGUUGGCCACCAGGUUUGGACACAUCUCAGGAGGGAUUUUGUCCCACUCCUCUUUGCAGAUCUUAUCCAAGUCAUUACGGUUUCGAGGCUGACGUUUGGCAACUCGAACCUUCAGCUCCCUCCACAGAUUUUCUAUGGGAUUAAGGUCUGGAGACUGGCUAGGCCACUCCAGGACCUUAAUGUGCUUCUUCUUGAGCCACUCCUUUGUUGCCUUGGCCGUGUGUUUUGGGUCAUUGUCAUGCUGGAAUACCCAUCCACGACCCAUUUUCAAUGCCCUGGCUGAGGGAAGGAGGUUCUCACCCAAGAUUUGACAGUACAUGGCCCCGUCCAUCGUCCCUUUGAUGCGGUGAAGUUGUCCUGUCCCCUUAGCAGAAAAACACCCCCAAAGCAUUAUGUUUCCACCUCCAUGUUUGACAGUGGGGAUGGUGUUCUUGGGGUCAUAGGCAGCAUUCCUCCUCCUCCAAACAUGGCGAGUUGAGUUGAUGCCAAAGAGCUCGAUUUUGGUCUCAUCUGACCACAACACUUUCACCCAGUUCUCCUCUGAAUCAUUCAGAUGUUAAUUGGCAAACUUCAGACGGGCCUGUAUAUGUGCUUUCUUGAGCAGGGGGACCUUGCGGGCGCUGCAGGAUUUCAGUCCUUCACGGCGUAGUGUGUUACCAAUUGUUUUCUUGGUGACUAUGGUCCCAGCUGCCUUGAGAUCAUUGACAAGAUCCUCCCGUGUAGUUCUGGGCUGAUUCCUCACUGUUCUCAUGAUCAUUGCAACUCCACGAGGUGAGAUAUUGCAUGGAGCCCCAGGCCGAGGGAGAUUGACAGUUCUUUUGUGUUUCUUCCAUUUGCGAAUAAUCGCACCAACUGUUGUCACCUUCUCACCAAGCUGCUUGGCGAUGGUCUUGUAGCCCAUUCCAGCCUUGUGUAGGUCUACAAUGUUGUCCCUGACAUCCUUAGAGAGCUCUUUGGUCUUGGCCAUGGUGGAGAGUUUGGAAUCUGAUUGAUUGAUUGCUUCUGUGGACAGGUGUCUUUUAUACAGGUAACAAACUGAGAUUAGGAGCACUCCCUUUAAGAGUGUGCUCCUAAUCUCAGCUCGUUACCUGUAUAAAAGACACCUGGGAGCCAGAAAUCUUUCUGAUUGAGAGGGGGUCAAAUACUUAUUUCCCUCAUUAAAAUGCAAAUCAAUUUAUAACAUUUUUGACAUGCGUUUUCCUGGAUUUUGUUGUUGUUAUUCUGUCUCUCACUGUUCAAAUAAACCUGCCAUUAAAAUUAUAGACGGAUAAUAUCUUUAUCAGUGGGCAAACGUACAAAAUCAGCAGGGGAUCAAAUACUUUUUUCCCUCACUGUACAUGGCAUGCUCAUUUUUGUUACAGCCCAGCAGUAACGCAUCACGUCAUGUCAGAUUGGUGAUUAAUUCAACAAAAGGAGGAAGGAAUUAUGUUUAAGAGUAUUCAAACGUGACCAUAGUUUUCAUCCUAGCCUUUAAUGUAACGUAGCCAAAGACUUGAUAACCCCUGUGUAACAAGGAGAGUGAAGUCUAUGGCCAAUCAAUGAUGUAAACUGAUUUUUAUUUAGCCAGGGAGUCAUGUUAAGACCACAAUCUGUUUUGCAUAUGAGCCCUGAAUGAACACAUCAAUAAACAAUUACGCUAUUCAUACCUAUAUACACAUAAAUUACACAAACAUAAAAAGCAAAACACAAUCAUAUGAAACAAACACAUUCUCCUGUAAAAAUAUAUUUGUCUCCAGGGAAAAACUAAAGCCACCAGGACUGUGGUGGUCCUUGAGUAGUUGGAAUGAUGUACCCAUGGGUUGUAUUCCUUAGGCACCAAACGGAAGAAAAUGGACUGAAACAGGAGGGACUACUCUGGUGCUCUUUUUCAUUUUCCAUUGCAAAACAUUUUGCUGCGAUGUGCUCUAAUGAAUAUGACCCUGGAUCAAACGCUGUGAAGGGUUGUUGUGGGCAUUGAGUGUCUAUGAACCUCUGGACAUGUGUGUCCCUAGAGAGAGGGGCGGUCCACCCUUUCACACACUCUCUGCAGCUCCAAAAUCUCCAACACUGAGUUUUGCUGCCUCAAAUCUUAUCUUUAAACUUCCAAUAUCUUUAAACUGUUUUGGGGGGAUCUGUCUUGGUUACCUUUAUCUAAUCUGCUUAUCUGACCUCACUUCAACCGGAGAACCAGAUUUCAACCAGAAAAUUACAUAAUUAUGACGUCCCUUGCCAAAUGUGGCCUGCUUGGUAAACAACCUGACUAUGAAGUCACAAAGAUAUCAGCCUGAUGUCUUUUCACCCAAUUAAGUUUUAGUUUUUACAUAGGUUUAAGAAGUUAUAUUCAAAAAAAUUGCUGCAACUAAUCUUGGCACUAAUUGAUAAUGAUUAAUUAAUUAAUUAAUUAUUAACAAAAGAAAUCUACGCUAUACAUAAAAAUGAUCCCUUAUUGAGCUGAAAUUCUAUAUUGUCUUUAGACGAACAUACCUGUCCAGUGA